UUUAACGCAACUAGUCAGUAAAUGACAGGACACGGUCGUGAACACAAUGCGAACCGUGGUAUUUUCCCUAUACAUCAUCGCGUCAUGUCAUUGUGCGAUUCAAUUCAGUGACAGACCGAGGAACUUUAGCAUAGAAUUGGUGCAUUACACACAGUUAGAGACAGAUGGCCAUGUAGUCAUCUCCCCCUUCGGAAUAUGGACGCUGAUGACAGGGAUCGCCUUGGGCGCUACAGGAAACAGUUUUGAUCAACUGGCAAGGGCGUUCAUUCUGCCAAAAGACAGUAGAGAAAUUAUAAGAGGAUAUAAAGAACUAACAUCUAUUGUUCUGAAUACAAAAACGAAAGGAGUUGCGCUCUCAACGAAAAACUUUGUGUUUCUAGACAAUAAUUUUAAAGUGUUCCCCGAAUUUCGUAGAACUCUCGAAUCGGAUUUUGGUGCUGCAGUCGAAAUAUUGGACUUCAAGAGCCCAAAUGCGGCAGACAUAGCGAACAGUAAAAUAGAACGAACGGGCGCUACAGUAAGAAAUGUGCUCCAUUCAGAUGACUUCGCACAGUCCAGAAUGAUAUUAGCGAACGCCAUAUCAUUUAAAGGUCUCUGGGCUUCGCCUUUUAACAAAUCCGAAACCAAAGUGGAGAUUUUCUAUGAUGAGAAUAAAAACCCUAUUGGACGUGUGAAUAUGAUGUACCAAAACUCUGCUGUUUCAAUGUCUAAUAUAAAAUUAAUGCAAUCAUAUGCUCUAGAAAUGCCCUACGGUAAUGACGGCAAAUACAGCAUGCUGUUCCUACUUCCGUUGAAUGGUGUAAAAAUUGCAGAUGUGUACAGAAGAUUAGCACAUGUCAACAUGUGGGAUAUAUUCGAACAAUUGAAAAAAGACAGUGAAUAUUUCGAAGGCCAAGAAACAGAGGUUAGAAUACCAAGAUUUAAAAUAAGAACAAAUGUUUUAAUGAACAAGCCUCUCAUACACAUGGGUGUGUUCGAUAUUUUUGAAGCGGAUCGUGCAAGGUUUGACAGAAUUGCAAACGAAGAUAUUUUCAUAUCGGCAAUAGCACACACGGCUGAUAUAGAAGUGACUGAAUCUGGUACUGUUGCUUCAGCUACGUCGACAGCCAGUUUUGUUGACAAAAUAUCUUCUCAUGGUUUUGUUGCUAACAGACCUUUUAUAUACUUCUUAAUGGAGAAAAGUACUAUGACUAUGAUCUUUGGUGGCAUUUAUUCGAAACCAACUAUCUUUUAGUAGACUUAUGCUACAUAUCUUUUCUUUAUUAUAAUCAAAAUAAGACUGUAUUCUUAGACAUUACGUAAUUAGUGGUAUAUGAAACUUGUCAAUAAGGAAUACUUUAUAAUAACUUUGAUAAACUUGUUUUAUUUAAUACCCAGACUUCGGUCGCAUGUAUUAGGUAAGUCCGAACUUCAAAUUUGAUAUAAGGGUUCCUUUCAUGAUGUAAGUGAGCACUAAGAAAGGGUUUUUAGAAAUUCAACCCCUAAGGAGGUGAAAUAGAGAGGUGGAGUUUAUAUGGCUGUCGUGGCGAAAGCCGCUGGCGAAAAGCUAUUUCUGUAAUAAGCCUACUCAAAAAUCUUUAUUACCUUUUGAAGCCCGUGUUAUUUAAUUAGGCCUAUAUUAGGCCGGAUAGACUCACGCCGAGAAACCCUGAGAACUUCUGAAACUCAUGAAUGUGAUACGUUUAUCGUCUUCUCAUUCCUAAUAUUUCUUCUCGUCUCGUCGAAGUU